UUUCAUUAAGACAUUUGAUAAGCAAUUCAUUGUAUACAUUGAUAAUAUGAUGAAUACAAUGAUAGUUGAGUUUGUCUGCAUAUUCAUAUGUUUAAUUGCAAUAAAUGUUAAUGCAGUUCCAACUACAAAACCACAUCCUGUCACUGUAAAACAAUCUACACCAGUUCAUCAUGAAGAAGAAUCAUUUUUUAAGCGUACGUGGCAUAAAUUUACUUCCAUGUUUGGAUCUUCAGACAGCGACUCUAAACCGAAUGAAAAUCCAAAUAUAAGUACCGUUGAGGUUGAAAGUCUCUCGCUUAAAGAAAGGAUUAUCAAUAAAUUCAACAGUAUUUUUGGAGAAGAAGAAUACAAUCCAUCUAAAGACAGUGAUUUCGUUGAUAGAUUAUGGAUGUUAUUCAAACAUUGUUUCUUGAAUUUCAAAAACCUCGCCAAAAUCUUCUCCAUUUAAAUAAAACAAACAAAAAUAAAUCGAUUUGUUAUUUGUAAUCAUAAAUCAAAAUGCAAACAAAACAGAAUUGAUUGAAUGAAAUAACAAACAACAACGACAAAAAAUAAAAAAAGCGAUUAUUAUUAUGUAACUGAAUUUCUCUUUUCUUCUUCUUCUUCAUCUUUGUUUUUGUUUUUAAAGAAAAAAAUAUAUUCAUGUUUUAAUA